GCUUUAAGCGCUGUGACGCUGGCCCGCAGGCUCGGUGGCGGCCCAAACGCGCCUGGCGAUGCUGGGGGGCAGCUCCGGGGCCGGUGAGCAUGAAGCAGAAGGAGACGGGGCGGGGGCUGUGGGUGCACCACCGGCCAUCGACUUCCCUGCUGAGAGCUCGGACCCCAAAUAUGAUGAAUCUGAUGUUCCAGCAGAACUCCAGGUAUUAAAAGAACCCCUACAACAGCCAACUUUCCCUUUUGCAGUUGCAAACCAACUAUUGCUUGUUUCUUUGCUGGAGCACUUGAGCCAUGUGCAUGAACCAAACCCACUUCGUUCAAGACAGGUGUUUAAAUUACUUUGUCAGACUUUUAUCAAAAUGGGGCUUCUGUCUUCCUUCACUUGUAGUGAUGAGUUUAGCUCAUUGAGACUACAUCACAACAGAGCUAUUACUCAUUUAAUGAGAUCUGCUAAGGAGAGAGUUCGUCAGGAUCCUUGUGAAGAUAUUUCCCAUGGCGAGAAUUUCAGAUCAAAGGAAGUUGCCUUUGAACCACAAACUUCACGUUACUUAAAUGAAUUUGAAGAGCUUGCCAUCUUAGGAAAAGGUGGAUAUGGAAGAGUAUACAAGGUCAGGAAUAAAUUAGAUGGUCAGUAUUAUGCAAUUAAAAAAAUCCUGAUUAAGGGUGCAACUAAAACAGAUUGCAUGAAGGUGUUAAGGGAAGUGAAGGUGCUGGCAGGUCUUCAGCACCCUAAUAUUGUAGGCUAUCACACUGCGUGGAUAGAACAUGUUCAUGUGGUCCAGCCACAAGCAGACAGAGUUUCCAUUCAGUUGCCAUCUUUGGAAAUGCUCUCUGACGAGGCAGAGGACAGAGAUGAAUAUGGUAUUAAAAAUGAUGGAAGUGGUAGCUCUUCUAUUAUCUUUGCUGAGCUUACCUCAGAAAAAGAAAAACUCUUUGGAGAAUUGGACACUGAAAAUCAGAAUAACAAAUUGAUGAACUAUACCAUUAAUUUAGUCAUAAAAGACGACAAUGAAUUAGACUCGUCCUUUGAGCUCCAAGAUAAUGGUUUGGCUGAUUUGUCUACCAGAUCAAUUGUUAAGCAGCAGCGGCUACUUAGGCAUAACUCAGACCUAGAAGAGAAUUUUACAUCCACUGAAGAAUCUUCCGAAGAAAAUGUCAGCUUGUUGCAGCAGACAGAGGCACAGUUUCGCCUGAUGCUACAUAUCCAGAUGCAGCUGUGUGAGCUCUCCCUGUGGGAUUGGAUAGUGGAAAGAAACAAGCGGGUCCAAGAGAGUGUGGAUGAAUCUGCCUGUCCUUACGUUAUGGCCAGUGUUGCAACAAAAAUUUUUCAAGAAUUGGUAGAAGGUGUGUUCUACAUACAUAAUAUGGGAAUUGUGCACAGAGAUCUGAAGCCUAGAAAUAUUUUCCUUCAUGGCCCUGAUCAGCAAGUAAAAAUAGGAGACUUUGGUUUGGCCUGCACAGACAUUAUACAAAAGAACACAGAUUGGACCAACAGAAAUGGGAAGAGAAUACCAACACAUACUUCCAGAGUGGGUACUUGUCUAUAUGCUUCACCUGAACAGUUGGAAGGAUCUGAGUAUGAUGCCAAGUCAGAUAUGUAUAGCCUGGGUGUGAUCCUGCUGGAGCUCUUUCAGCCAUUUGGAACAGAAAUGGAGCGAGCAGAAGUUUUAACAGGCUUAAGAACUGGUCAGAUACCUGAAUCCCUCAGUAAAAGGUGUCCAAUACAAGCCAAGUAUAUCCAGCACUUAACUAGAAGGAACUCAUUCCAGAGACCAUCUGCUAUUCAGCUACUGCAAAGUGAACUUUUUCAAAAUUCUGGAAAUGUUAAUCUCACCCUACAGAUGAAGAUAAUAGAACAAGAAAAAGAAAUUGAAGAACUAAAAAAGCAGUUAAAACUCCUUUCUCAGGACAAAGGGCUGAAGGAUAGCAUGAAAGAUGGAGGUGUACCAGUCUAGCCUUAAAAAAUAGUUAACUGGAAUGUACAUUUUCAACCUUUAUUAGGGUAUAGAUGGUCUGGCUCUUAGUUAUAUUUAAUAAGGCUAUAUAAGACUUAUUAAAGAUGGUUUUUCCUUAGAUAGCUUUUUCAUGACCCAGCAUCUUGAACUUAAGACUGCUCUGAAUUAAACCUAGUGUUCCUUCCCUCUUCUGUUAUUGAUUAUCCUACUUAAGUAUACACCCAGUCUCUGAAACUUAAAGAUACCCUCAAUUCUUUCUCCUUUAAACUACCUAUUGACCCUGUAAUCCCUCUUUAGAAGGUUCUACUGCAGAAUGGUGUGUGCCCCAUCCUCACUGCCUAAGCGCAGGCCUGCACACUGACUAGACUGUUCAGUGUGGACAGCACCAGUCUUCCCAGCCCCCUCACACUGUUGUGGAGGUUGAGGUUGAUUACCAGUUCAUUUCUGGGCUCAAAACCUUUUGCUUGCUCUUUGCUGCCUGUAAGAUAAAGCUCAAUGCCUCAGCCCAGUGUACAACCUCCACUCUUUUUGUCUGUUCACCCCUUCAACUCAGCAUCAUUCCAAAGCUAUGUGCCUAACAAAGCUUUGUACAUUUUGCCCCUAAAUGAGCUCAGCACACAGAUACUAUCUUUCUUGCCUUUGCCCUCUUCCCAUGGUCCUUUCUUUUAUUACAGCACUAAACCCCUCAAUCUGUAUAUCCCUUAAAGGCAACAACCUGAUAUAUUCAUUUUUGAAUCCCAGAAAGUACCUCCCAUAGUUGGCAGUUGUCAUGGUAAGUUGGACGUGAUUUUUGGUGAAUUUUAAAUGAAAUGAAAACCGCAAAUUACAUGAUGCUUUUAUUGAUACUUGACAAUUGGCCUAAAUAAAAAGACUUUGAUUCUAA